GCAUUUUGACAGCUAACAAAAUGGCAGACGUCAAGGCACAAACAAAUAAGCGCAUCCAUGUGUAGUCGUUGUUUAUUUAUAAAAUAUCCUUCGACCGAGACACACGCAUCUAGCAAAUAUGCCGAAAUACUACUGCGAUUAUUGUGAUACCUAUCUCACACACGAUUCACCCAGUGUUCGCAAGACACAUUGUACCGGCCGCAAACAUCGAGACAAUGUGAAAUUCUAUUAUCAAAAGUGGAUGGAAGAGCAGGCUCAAAAUUUAAUUGAUGCCACCACAGCAGCAUUCAAAGCUGGGAAAAUUGCACAGAAUCCGUUUGCCGCACCUCCGCCGAAACUUGGAGUCAACAUUCCGCCUCCACGGCCUGGCAUGAUGCCUCCGGUAAUGAUGAUGCCACCGGGUAUGAUGGGAAUGAGACCACCAAUCAUGGGUAUAGGAGGACAGAUGAUGGGACCGCCACCAAUGCCAAUGCGACCACCGAUGGGACCACCGGCAAAGCAGUAACCUAAGUGAAAUGAUUGUGUGUGUAUAUAAUAAGACAUUUUUGACGUUGUAAACGUUCCAUAUUCACCUUCAUAUUGAAUAGAGAAUUUUGCAACAUUAAU